UACUUUGUUAUCCUGGAGACUGAAGGGGGCGGCCAUGUUGGAUGUAUCGGUGUAACCUGCUUCUGUCAGAGCGGGGAGACCCGCAGCCCUCCCAUCACAUCCCAGGGACCGGGCAGUCCUUCUCCCAGGACGAGCCGUCUAUUUACCAGGCGGGGAGAGACCCGGGGAUCGAACCGGCGCCGCCCUCCGCACACCUCUCUCCUCCGGGAUGUUCUCUAAAAAAACUCACGGCGAUGUGAAGAAAUCAAGCCAGAAAGUGCUGGACCCCAAGAAGGACGUACUGACCCGACUCAAACACCUGCGGAUCGUCAUCGAAAAUGCAGAAUCCAUUGACCUCAAGCAAUUUUUCGAACAAAACUUCUCUCACAUCUACUAUGUUUUCUUUGAAAACUUUGUGAUAAUUGAAACGUCCGUGAAACAAAAAGGCCACAAGUCUCAGCGGGAAGAACUUGAUGCCAUCCUCUUUAUAUUUGAGAAAAUUUUGCAUCUUCUUCCUGAGAAAAUUAACCAACGAUGGCAAUAUCACAGCAUAAGUCUGAUCCUAAAAAAGUUGCUUCACACCGGAAACUCCUUAAAGAUCCGCCUUGAAGGAAUGCGUUUGUUUCUCCUGUGGCUUCAAGCACUUCAGAAUAACUGUAGUUGGGAGCAGCUCUGCAUGUUUGCCUGCCUCAUUCCUGGAUUCCCGACUCCCCCUUCUGAUCAUGGCAUAUAUACGCUGGAUAGUCUUAUCAACCUUCCACUGAAUGUACAAGAAAAUCAAGUUACAAUUGAGGAAAUUACACCCCUGGUUCCCCCCCAGUCAGGAGACAAAGCACAGGAAGAUCUCACUAGUUAUUUUCUCGAGGCCUUGUUGAAAUACAUGGUGAUACAGGUCCGGAGUUUAGAAUGGCGGAACAGAGAUAAGGAGGAAGGUGGCUUUGCCUUCUUGUUCUCAAACUUCAAAAAAUACUACAUGCCUUACAUUUUCCCUGCAAUGAGCAGAGAAAGCAGCCUAUACAACCCAGUACUUGAGAUACCACAGAUGAGACCAAAACCUCACUAUGUGUUGGUACGGAGGGACACAGAGAGCAAUGAGGUUCAUUACUGCACCAAAGAGCCCUUUCUCAAUGCCCGGGUGAUUGUCAUUCGAUGGCUGGUGUCCUUCUGGUUGGAACCCAAGCCGCACACUGGGACUCACAUUCCGGGGACUGAAGGGGAGAAUGUGCCAAAGAAUAUUCAGAGAGCUGCUGCAAACCUUGCUGCCCAGGAGGAAAGUAGAAAUGAGGGUGGAGAAAGGACUACAGAGCCCGAGCAAUCCCACUCAAACACUAGCACCCUUACAGAACGUGAGCCGAGCGUCUCCAGCCUGUGCAGCAUUGCUGAGGAGCACAUCACAGACUAUGAGAUCAUCCGCAGGUUCUUCUCCAGUAGACGCACCAAUGUUGACUUUCUCAUCGAGAUCUUCCGGCAGUCCUUCUUGCUGCCAGUGUGUGAGGCAGCAGCCAUGCGUAAGGUGCUAAAGGUUUAUGAGCAGUGGAUAAAGCAGAAAGAGAAGCCUCUGUUUAUGCAAGAACCAGAGAGGCCUUCUGAAUCAGAUGAGGGGAUUGUAAUAUCUGUUGAGCACCAAGAAGAUUCCCCUGCACCCUGUGAAAAGGGAAAGGAGAAGGAAGAGGACGGUUUAGCAGUUCCCUCAGGACAUGCGAGAACGUCCAGCUGGUCUAAGUGUCAUCAGGAAGCCAGUAAGCUCUCAGAGGCAGAUAUCUUUGACAGAAAAGUAAAGGCUGGGGCUCAGGCUAUUUAUCAGGUGUUCAUUGUUAAUGCUGCAAAUAUCAUUUUGUUGGAGCCUGCAAAUGAAAAUAAGAUGAUGUUAAAUGAUCACACGGACAUGUGUAAAAGAGUUCUUAAUAUUUAUCGCUACAUGGUAGUUCAAGUCUCCAUGGAUAAGAAGACAUGGAUGCAGCUAUUACUGGUCAUGCUGAGGGUCACGGAGUCCGUGCUUAAGAUUCCACCACAGGUUCUACAACAGUACCAAGGCAGGAAAAAUCAGAUAUUGGCUGGACGUCUGGCAGGACCUUUGUUUCAGACAUUGAUUGUGGCCUGGAUCAAGUCAAGUCUUCAUGUUAGUGUUUCUCGGGAGUUAUGGGAUGAUUUACUGGCAGUAAUGUCGACUCUGACUCACUGGGAGGAGCAAGCCACAGAAUGGGCUCACACCAUGGAAACGUUGACAAAAGUUUUGGCCAAGAAUGUCUACCAUCUUGAUCUGAAUGAGCUGCCACUGGAAAAGUUGAGCGAGCAAAAGCAGAAGAAACACAAGGGCAAAGGAGGCAGCCAUGAAUUUCAGAAGGGAUCUGUGGACAAGUCUUUUUCUCGAGGGUGGAGUAGAGAGCAGCCUGGACAGGCACCCAUGCGCCAGCGCAGUGCCACCACCACAGGAUCACCCGGCACUGAGAAAGCAAGAAGCAUUGUGCGGCAGAAAACCAUUGCCAUGAGGAGCCGAUCCAUUGGGGACAGUGCCCUGCCAUCAGCCUCUAUCCGCAGCGCUAAAAGUGCACCUGUCCUGAUCCAUCCUUCCAAACCCCUUCUGCCUGAUAUUGUUCUCACUCUGCUUUCCGAUAAGCUGUCAGAAAUGGAGGAUGCCCCAGUGCUUCCCCGUCCACAACGGGUAAGGCAUUAUUCUCAGAGUGAAGAGACCCCUUCAGAGACCUUUGGAGCCAUUCACGAAGAAACCACAACUCUGCCUCGUAGUAGCAGCACCUCUGACAUCGUGGGGCCCUUUGCAGCUGAGAGACUGAAAGGUGCAGUGCCUGUUGCAGACCAUCCUUCCCCUCAGACUUCGGAUCCCUUUUGUGCUAACCCACACUGUCAGGAAGCACCCCUAACACAGGCCGAUGGCAGUAUAUAUGAUCACCUUUGCCAGUUGGCUGGCUCAGCUGGAUUGACAGAUGCAGACAUUGAUCAGGGAUGGUAUGAGGAGUUAGAAGGGACAGAUCUUUUGCCACGUUUAUGGGCUUAUUUAAAAGAGGAAGGGGUAGCAAAAAAUAAGUUGACAUCCACAUUUGUGGAUCAGAAAAUGGAGCAUUCUACAGAGCUUGAGUCAUGUGUUAAAGGAGAAGUCUAUUCAGUUUUUUCCGAGGGGCUUCCUUGCACGCAUUCCAAUGUUCAACAGACUGAGUGUAGUGCAGGCUUAGAAGAACACAUUCCUAAAAAAGCAGGGGGGUUAAAGGUUGGUGGUAGGAGCAGGGAUGUCCAUGUAAGGAUUCUGGCCGAUGGGGAAAUCUUUGACAGUGAUAAAACUGCCAUGGAGCAAGGUGACCGGAAAAGAGCUUUUUUUAGACAGCAAGCUGCUGAGGAAGAUGAAGGUCUCGAAUCGCCAUCUUCUCAAUCUCACCAGAGUGAACAUGGGCCCAACAUAAAGCAUCUGUGCGAGUCUAUGACACAUAAGGCCAAAGCAAUGCGCCGGAAACGCAGCACUGUGCAGGUCUCCUUCCGCCCAGGCACUGAGGCGGUGCUCUUCUGCAAUUCCAUGGAGAACAAAGAUGCCCCUUGGAAGGCCAGGCUACGGAAAUUAAGUGGUUUAAGUUCAAACUCUUCCAUUGUUGUAGAUCCAGGCAAGCCAACAGCAUUUGCAGCCAUGGGGGCAGUGAGAUUAGCAUCUGGAAUUAGCCAGACAGGUAGUGACCAAACUGAUGUAACCUAUCCUCCCUCUCAAGUGCAGAAGGAAGCUGGCCGCACAAGGCCGAGGUCUAGCAGUCAAGAGAGAGCCCCUUCUCAUGCUUCUUUAGGAGGCGUAUACAAAACUGUUGUCCAUGCUCUCUCGAAACCUAAGGCCAGCGUGUCCCUGCAGAAGCAGCACAGGACGGCAGCCGAGGCUCCACUGAAGGACCUGUACGGUCAUGUUAUGGGCUAUUUUGGAAGGAAGGCAGCAGCCAACAAGGAAGAUUUGACUUCACAGUUAAAUGACCUUAACAGUGAGAUCAACUCAAGCUCCAAUAUCCCAGAUCUAAUGGAUGAAUUUAUUGCAGAGAGGUUGAGGUCAGGCACUGGCCCAACACUUACACGCAGAGGUAGCAGUCCUGGUAGUCUAGAAGUUCCAAAAGAUUUGCCAGACUCCCUAAAUAAACAUUGUCAGAUGCGUCCAGCAGAUGAUCCCGGUGUCCCAUCAGAGUGGACGUCUCCAGCUAGUGCUGCAAGUAGUGAUCUGCUUAGCUCAGACAGCCACUCUGACUCGUUUAAUGCUUUCCAGUAUGAUGGGAGGAAAUUUGAAGCAGGCUUUCCGUUUGGGAAUGAGUCUGCAGUCCCUACCACAGUGGAAGCAGAUUCUGGGUCUGUGCAGCUCAGUGUAGAAGAGCAGGACGUGGUCAGUCUUAAUGCACUUCACAUUGACUCUGAAAACUGCAGCCUAAACCAGCAGGCCCUGUGUGCUGAAAUGUUGGUUCCAGCAGGCUCUGAAAAUGCCUCUCCUGCGGUGUCUGCCCAGGGCUCACGUUCCCAGACACCAUCACCAGCUCCUCUGACGGCUGAACAGGCAGAGUUGCACGAAAAACUGCAACAUUCGGUCCUACAAACUCCCGAUGAAAUAGCAGAGCCCUGUGACUUUCCCCAGGAAAGCUGCAGUGUGAUGGCAGGUGGCACACUCACUGGCUGGCAUGCAGAUGUGUCCACCGUUAUGUGGAGGAGGAUGCUGGGAAUCCUGGGAGAUGUCAAUAAUAUCAGCAAUCCGGAGAUCCAUGCCCAGGUGUUUGAUUACCUGUGUGAACUCUGGCAGAACCUAGCCAAGAUUCGGGACAAUUUGGGAAUCUCUAUGGAUAAUCAGUAUUCUCCUCCCCCACCUGUACUUAUCCCACCCCUGAGGAUUCUUACCCCCUGGCUUUUCAAGGCCACAAUGCUGCCAGAAAAAUACAAACAAGGGAAACUUCAUGCCUACAAAUUAAUCUGUAAAAUUAUGACGAGACGGCAGGACGUGUCUCCGAACCGGGACUUCUUAACGCACUUUUUUAAUAUUAUGCACUGUGGUUUACUCCAUACUGACCAGGAUAUUGUUAAUACAAUUAUCAAGCACUGUUCACCUCAGUUUUUUUCUCUGGGUCUCCCAGGAGCCACACUCCUAAUUAUGGACUUCAUUGUAGCAGCAGGGAGAGUGGCUGCCUCACCUUCUCUAAAUGCACCACGUGUUGAAGCCCAAGUGCUUUUGGGAUCUUUGGUCUGUUUUCCCAACCUUUACCAGGAGCUCCCAGCUCUACUUCCUGGCAGCUCUGAAAUCGUAAUGUCACAGUUCACAGAUGUUAAGGAGCUCACCAUUAAGACUGUGUUGAGCUCAGCACGAGAAGAGCCAUCUGGGCCAGCCAGAUGCGUAGCUUUGUGCAGUUUAGGAAUCUGGAUGUGCGAGGAGCUUGUAAACCAGACCCACCACCCGCAAAUAAAAGAAGCACUUAAUGUCAUCUGUGUCUCCCUCAAAUUUCCUAACAAAGUGGUUGCACAAGUAGCAUGUAGUGUUCUGAAUGUGCUCCUUAACUAUGUCACGCAACUGCAAAUAUUCCAUCAGGACUUCCCACUGAAAAUCAUAGAGAUUCUGUUAGCCACUGUGACGCACCUUUUACCAACUGCAGAAACCUCAUCCUACGAACAAGAUAAACGGUUAGUGGUGUCCUUGCUGCUCUCGCUCCUGGAUUGGCUGAUGGCACUGCCCUUAUCAGUUUUACUAAAGCCAGUGCGGCAUGCUGGCACUGAAAAUCAGGGAAGGGAAAAUUCUGUGUUGAACUGUGCAUAUAAGGUCUUGCAUGACUGUGUCUAUGGCUCCCAGCAUUUUAGCAAUCCACGGUACUUUCCCAUGAGCCUUUCAGAUCUGGCAUCUGAAGACUACGACCCCUUUCUGCAGCUGGAAUGUCUGAAAGAACCUGAACCACUCCACUCCCCAGAUUCUGAGCGCUCUACCAAGCUGCAACCCGUAACUGAAGUGAAAAUACCCAAGCAACAAGGCUUGAUCCCAGUAGCAGCACGGACGGUUAUUACGCACCUGGUGAAUCAUUUAGGACAUUAUCCAAUGAGUGGAGACCCCUCCAUGCUCACUAGUCAAAUCUGUGAGAAUCAAGACAAUCCUUUCAGUGACAGUUCAGACCUCUCCCCACAGCUCUUCCACAGCCCCAACCUCCAAUUCUUUUCUUUGAACAGCACUACACUGGUUUCCUGCUUGCAGAUUCCAGCAGAAGAGAAGCUACCUCCUGGUGAGGACCUGUCUUCUGCCAGCUCGAUAGUGCGUGUUAUCAUGAGGGACCUUUCAGGUAAAUACAGUUGGGAAUCUUCCAUCCUUUAUGGACCUGCACUAGAAUGUUCUGGACAAAAGUCUCAGUGGUCUUCCCUUCUACCUACUUUUCCUACAUCUUCUGUUAACCUAGAAGAAGAACAUUCGACUAGCCAACGGGAAUCUGAGGAGUUUUCCGUACUCCAGUCAAGGAGGAGAGGCAGGGAAUCUCUGCCUUUAUGGGACAGCUUAUCAGAUGAGGAAGAUGCCCUUGACUGCCUUUUGCAGUACCUGGGAGCCACAGGCCCUGAGUGCCUUCAAAGAGCAGGAAUCCCUCUGAAUGUUCCUUCACCUCCACCUGCCUGCUUCUCUGAGAAACUAGAGAAUGAGGUCAGCAAUGCCAUUUUAAAACAGAGUGCAGAAGAGAAGGAGUUUGUGGAGAAGCAUUGCAGCAAUCUGCACAUGAGGGCAAUGCCACAGGAGGAACCAGCCAACCAAAAACCAGAGUCGGCCUUCUACUACUCACGACUGUUGCUCAGUAUCCUUGGCAUGAACUCGUGGGAGAAGAGGAGAAAUUUUCACCUCCUUAGGAAAAAUGAAAAAUUAUUGCGGGAGCUGAGAAACCUUGAUUCCAGGCAAUGCCGUGAAACGCACAAAAUAGCAGUGUUCUAUAUUGCUGAUGGCCAAGAAGACAAACAGUCCAUACUCUCGAACACUGGAGGCAGCCAGGAGUAUGAAGACUUUGUUGCAGGACUUGGAUGGGAGGUGAAUUUGGCAAACCACUGUGGCUUCUUAGGAGGACUUCAGAGGAACAAAAGCACUGGUCUGAGCACUCCAUAUUACGCGACAUCUAUUGUGGAAGUUAUGUUUCAUGUCUCUACCAGGAUGCUUUCUGAUUCCGAUGACUGCUUAACAAAAAAGCUUCGCCACCUUGGUAAUGACGAGGUACAUAUCGUGUGGUCAGAGCACAGCCGAGAGUAUCGUCGUGGCAUUAUACCCACUGAAUUUGGAGAUGUGCUGCUGGUUAUUUAUCCUAUGAAGAAUCACAUGUUCAGCAUCCAGAUUAUGAAGAAACCAGAUAUCCCAUUUUUUGGACCACUCUUCGAUGGAGCCAUUGUAAAUGGUAAAAUCCUUCCCGGCCUGGUCCGAGCGACAGCCAUUAAUGCCAGCCGAGCGCUUAAAUCUCUCAUCCCGCUCUAUCAGAACUUCUUUGAGGAGAGGAUGCGGUAUUUGGAUUCAAUUAUCCAGCAACAUGUGGAGCCCACCACGUUUGAAGACUAUGCUGCACAAGUUUUCUGUCCCGCUCCACAUCAUAAUCACCAUCUAGUGAAUGCACCUGUUUGCCCAACAGAUGAGCAGAACGAGAUCUUACUGACUCAGGGUGAUGGCUCAGAAUUGGCAUCCCCUAUGUCGCCACGGACCAGCAAAAGCCGCAUGUCUAUUAAGCUACGGCGCUCCUCUGGCUCUGCAAACAAGACCUAGUUUUUGUCUUUGUCUUCGGCUUUUCCAGAAGAGUUUAUUUAUCGUGGGCAAUGGCCUCUGUGGAAAAAGGCAGGCACCACACAUUCACCUUGGCUGUUGUGCCAAAAUCAUGCUCCCUGUGCUUUUUAUCUUACUUUUUUGUUUCACACUUCUAUUUUAUUUGAGUGAAUAACACUGGACUUUUAGAUAUAAUUUAAAUUUUUAGCCUCAGACUGUUUUUUUUUUAUGUUCUGUACAAUGCAGGGUGCCAUAUGUAUAUCUUUGCAGCUUUUAUCAUUCUAUGACAAUUAAUUUUUUGUUUUGUUUUUAUGAUGAAUCUGGCUGAUGUUUUUACUCUAAUUUUGCACCCUCUUUGUUGUAUAUUUAUUGACAUUAUUCUUGCCUAUUAUCAUUUGAGUUUGUUUGUUUUUUUCUAGCUGGUUUUGACUUUUCUUUGGACCAUCAUAAAAAAAAAAUUCCAUGAGAAUCAAGUUUUUAAACUAUAUAUAAUAUUUAGCAAUAUCAUUAUACAGUGGUGUUUUUUUUUGUCUUGGUCCAAUGAAACCCAAUAUUCCAGGAUAAAUAUUAAAUGUAACACAACUAUUCACGUAAUAUUUUUAUACAUGUAUUAUUUUAUUAUAUAUAAAUAUAUGCAUAUACAUAUAUAAAUAUAUUCCUUUCACUGGCCUAACAUCAAGAAAUAUAGCGGUGUAAUUUUAAUUAGGCAUCCUUUUUGAUGGUCCUGUGUGUGUGGUUAUGUAGAGGAGCAGUGAAGGGGGGUCUGUUUCCUCUUCUUUCCAAGAGAGGGUCAACCCUUUCACAAGCAAGUGCCCUUUAAGGUUUUGUUAUGCUUUUAUAUGCUAAAAUCAAAGUUGAUUAAACUUCUUGUGGUCACAGAUGUUUUUUUUACACAUCGACUUGUAUAUGCAAUGUAAAAUGUUAAAGCAACCCUGUUGCUAUAGAAUUGAAUUAUUUAUAGCUCAUCUGUAAAAGAACACCAUAAAUUAUCACCUUUCCAGUUGCCCGUGCAGCAGAACUCUGCCCUGAUCCUGAAAAAUCUGCUGAUGAAGUCUGAACUAAAAGGCGGUGUUUCCCGGGAGAGCCAAUCUGCUCAGUCUCCUGCAGCUCUCACUGGUUCUUGACCUCCACCCAUUACGGAAUACAGUAGGGACAUAUAAUUCAGCAGGAUGAACCAGUGAUGGCUGUGGGGGACCCAGAAUAUUGGCACUUUCAAAAAUGUUGGUUUUCCUUUCAGACUUUAACAGACAGUUUCUCAGUGUCGGAUUAGACUUCACUGGCUGCAGGAAAGUGAAGUAUGCCCUGUCUUCCUUAACAGGUGAGCCAUAAGCAAAUUUCUAUAGUGGCAGGGUCAUUUGUAUGCUGUGAUUACACACAACUCAAUUGUUUAUCAUGAAAUCUCUUAUCAAAGUGGCCCUUGGUAAACCAUUUGAACCCUUUAGCCUGAGGCUGUCAGAACCCUGCCCCACCCUUAAUAAUUAAGAGAUGGCUCCAGGCCAACCUUGAAUGUAUUUAUUCAGUGAAUUGAGAAAAGUUUGUUUCCAGCUUUGGUAUCCAUUAGUUCGGGGUGCAGAACACCUCAUCUCCACACUAAUUGGAAGUUUUCACGUGGGCCAAGUUAACUGGUUUACUUAUUAAGGCCGAUCCACCAGCUUCACAUAUUUACAUUUCUGUACCUCUUCCACUUCUGAGUUUGGUCAAUGGGAGUGAAGAGAGGCCUGGAGUUUAUAUAAGUCUGAGGAAUCUUGUUGCUUGGUGCCUCAGCAGCCAAACACUGUGGUCAUUUGGGAGGGUGUGCGUCCCAUGCUCUCUAUCCCAUAUAUAUCUUUGAUUACUGCAAAGCAAAAGGAAGUUAAGUAUGUGCUGCUGGUGGGUACCCUAUACAAGUAGCCCUUUUGAUAUUCCCUGUAUUGGCAAAGUACAGCUGUGCUUUAGGGGGAACCAAGAUCUGGUAGAGAUGGAGAUUGGGGUGCAAAGCUGGUGGUUUCAAGAGGCACUCAAACCAGGUUUUCCAAUUCUCUUGUUCUAGGUAAGCUUUUAAGGUACCUUUUUAAAAUAUAUUGCACCUUCUCAAGAUAUGCCAAAGGACUGAACACAGAUUUGUGACAUUUCAAUAUAGAGUUAAGCUGGUCAUAUAUAAACUUUAUUGCAUGAAGCUCAAAGGGCACUAGUGCCUAAAUAAUUUUCCUACCAUCAAGUCUCCAAGCUGUUCCCGGUUGCGUUGGCACAGCCUUAUUUGGCUCUGGGUGUUGAUCUUCCAGGAGUUGGGUCCUUGUGAGGACAUAAUCUUAUGAUUUCGUAUACGGACAGCUUUCAUGGAUAUUUUUAUUUUCUGCCAUUCCAGCAUUAUUUUAUGUUUUAUUUAUUUUGUCUUUUUGUAACAUUGCUUACCACGAUUUCUUACAUAUGCCAUAUCACGUCUCUUAAGACAUGAAUAUUCCUAUGGUUGAAUGCUUUCAUUUGUCUCAUGAAAAUAAAUGUAAACUCUCUUUUCAUUAAAAGUUUGAAUGUA